CUUUUUCUUUUGUCCAGAUACAUGAUGCAGUGGCCUGGAGGUCGGAUACUACAGCGACAUGAGCUUGAUGCCUUUUUAGCUCAAGCCGUCUCCAGCCAGCUGUAUGAGCUUGAUCAGUUGCAGGAGCUUAAGAUUGAUAAGUUGGAUUCUCGUGGUGUGCAGCUAGCUGCUUUAUUCAUGAGUGGAGUUGACACUGCUCUGUUUGUAAAUGAUGCUUGUGGGCAGCCCAUUCCCUGGGAGCACUGCUGUCCAUGGAUCUACUUUGAUGGGAAACUAUUUCAGAGCAAACUCUCCCGAGCAAGUAGGGAAAGGUUACCUCUUCUUGAGCUUUGUGAUGGCCAAGUUGAACAAGCAGCUAAAGUAGAGAAAAUGAGGCAGGCAAUAUUGGAAGGGCUUAACUUGAAUCGUCAACCUCCACCUCCACCUCCACUGCCACCUCCAGCCUUCAUGCCCACUAUGGUGCCACCUUUCUACCCAGUUCCUUUGUAUCCUCGACCUCUAAGUAAUGUAACCCCUAACCACCAACGCAGUCGUGCAUUUCCAGGGGUUCAGGCUAUUCCUCCUCAAGGUGGGAAGCUAGAGAUUGCUGGAAUGGUUGUAGGUCAAUGGGCUGGGAACAAACCUAUUAGAGGGCGUGGUGGAUUCAACAUGCAAGUUGUUUCAGUUGGAGGAGGCAAAGGACGGGGAAAAGAUAUGACUGGAAAAUCACGGGGCAGCAAAAAAGUUCCCACCGUCAGAGCACAGCUUGGUUCUCCGGGUCCCUCAAAUGGAACCCCAAAAAAUACAGAUGGCUCCAAAGGUCGAAGCUCCACUGAUGGAAUUCAACAGCUAAAUGGGAAUACAACAUUGGCAGCUGUGCCCCCUGCAGUCACAGAGGAAGAAUCUCCACAGUCGCACCCUCAUAAUCGUGCCUUAACAGCUAAAGACAGUGAAGUUGGGGCUGACGGGCCUAGCAAUGAAGGUGACCUGUCUGACUGUCAGGACAGUCGCCUUGGAGGGGCAAAGAUGGCCCUGCAAAAAGAGGAAUAAUUAAACUGCAAAAAAUACACAAUGCAGCCAGGGUCUGGUGGGGGGGUAUGAGCAGUGAUGGAAUAGUGAGACACAGGUGCUGAAUAUUACUGUUUUUAAAGGCUUGUUCCAUAUAUUUUGGGCCUGAUCAGGAUGACUGGAAUACUUUGCCAGAGUUGAGCUUUGGAUGCUUAAAGGGUUUGUUAAGAGAGACAUUUAAAUAUCCAUAAGACAUUCCUUGGAACAAAGCACUGCUUUUAAUCUCUCUUCUUAUGCCACCUCACCAUCCCACAUUCCCACCUCCCCACUUAGGCAAGUUCUUGCUUACUAAACUUAAGCCAUGAAAGCAGUGCCCUGUUCUGUCCAAAGCCAGUCAGGACCAUGAAAUAUUGGCCUGUUAAAUACUGCCUUCCAGCCUCCUGUACCUCACUCUGCCUUACUGCAUUUCCUUCAACUGGCAUAAUGCUCACUCUUUCAUGCUUGCCAUUUUGUUUUACUGACAUUCAUAACUUAGUAGAUCCCUGCACUUUUAUGCAGAAGGUCUAUGUUCCCACUCCUUAACUGCUCUUGUCCCCCUCUGUCUCUGGCUGAUAUGUGGUGUCCAGCGUUUUUAAGCGGGACAUGGAUUGUACGGGCAGAUUUUUCCUGCCUUUGCUCUCGAAUGUGAGUAACAUGAAGGUGAAGUGUGUGCUGGUGUUAACUCUCCAGCUGCUGGCCAGUCCCAGGAUCAAACCGAAUACCUAAAACACAUUAUUCAGGGACUAGAAACUGCAGCUCAAGUCUUUAAAUUGAGAAAAAAAAAAAGAUUAAACAGAUCAUAAAGAUAAUUUUAAAUGAAUUGAAUGAAUUAGGGGGAGUGGGUGGGAAGGCUUCAGCCUUUUAGCAAAAGUUACUCCAGGCCAGGUUUUAGUCUUGAAAGAUAAACCUACUACAUAUUAAGCAUACUGAGUCCAGUAAAGAAGAUCCAUUUUGAAUCUGAAAAGCGGACUGUUUUCAGUCCGCAGGCAACUGCAUGCAGCCUUCAAAGGUUUGGACAUUUUUUUUGUUCCUUCUCCAUGGAUUUGGUUUUCCUAACUUUAUUAUUUAGUCUUGAAUCCUGUUCAGUUAAAACACAGACUUUCUCGUGUGACCAGAUGGGCCGCGGUAUUGUAGAUUUACAUGAAAUAUUACAAAGACCCAAACAAUUUGACUCGGCCUUUUACGAAAACCAAAAUGACUAUCAAGGAUUUACUUUCUCGUUCUUCUUUUCCAUCUAGUAUAUUUAACAGCCUCCUAACACUGGCUUGUUGCUGUCCUUUAAAGUGCACACAACCUGUUAAGAAUAUUUACUUUCUUUCUUUUCUUAACCAGAGGAACUUGAAUUAAUGCACAGGUGUAUAUGUGGUAGGUUUGGUUUCUGAGCAUAUGCGUUAAGAAUUUGUACACAUGUGCUUAAUGUAUUUUGGUACUAUUUUCAGGUGUUUUUUUUUUUU